UUAUUUUCCAACACUAAAUAUUUUAUUAAAGGGUUCUCUUUUUUAUUUAAUCUGUCUCGUCAUUCUUGCUGCGUUGUCAUUUAGGCGAGUUACUUGCGGUGCGUUUAGGAGUAUUAUAUACAAACAACAUUUGAGAAAUAUUUUUGUUGAACGCCAACUAUUAUUAUUAUCAAAACGACAUAAAAAUAUGGUUGCUGAUUUACAUGACAAUAUUCAAAAAAUAUCAGAAAAGGCAGCUCCAAGUGAAAAAUACAAUGUAGUCUUUGUUCUUGGACCUCCUGGAAGUGGAAAAGGAACACAAUGUCAACGAAUUGAAGAGACUUACGGCUAUGUCCAUUUGAGUGCCGGUGAUUUAUUACGUGAAGAACGUCAAAGAAAGGGUUCUGAAUAUGGAGAAUUAAUUGAGCAACAUAUUCGUGAAGGGAAAAUUGUUCCUGUUGAAAUAACUUGCAAAUUAAUUGAAAAUGCAAUGUUGGCACGUUCUGUUUCAGCAAACGGUUUUUUAAUUGAUGGAUUUCCACGGAAUCAAGACAAUUUGGAUGGCUGGGAUAAACAAAUGGCCGAUAAAGCUGCUGUCCUUUUUGUUUUGGUAUUACAAGCACCUAUUGAAGUUUGUGUUGAGCGUUGUAUGAAUAGAGGUCAGAAUCGUUCUGAUGAUAAUGAGGAAUCAAUGCGCAAACGUAUUGUAGUCUAUAAUGAACAAACAUUACCAAUUAUCAACCACUUUCGAGCAUUAAAUCUUGUAGAAGAAGUGGAUGGAAGUCGAACUCCGCCAGAAGUUUCAGCAGAUGUCCACAGAGCUUUUCAAAGUUUUGGAAUUGCAGAACGUACAACUUCAGAUUUAUCAAAUUGCUCAUCGAAGGAAUGCUAA